ACGUGGGAUGAAAAGACUCGACAAUUAACGGAAGGAAAAAAAACAAGUUUAAUUGACUUAACCGCUAUAAAACUGAAGAAAUUCACAGACUUCAAUACUUUCAAGCUGUGGACCAUUAAAGCUACAACCAUGGAUACUUGUCUUUCAAUAGCAUUCCUAUUUCUUUCCUCCCUGAGUUUAUUAAAUUGCCAGGAAUCUGUAGAUGAAAAUUUUAUUAAUACAAUUCGACACGACAUGGAUAAAACAUACGCAAAGACUCCUAAUGACAAAGCUAAGGCCAUUUUUCAAAAGUUAGUGGGCCAGAGUCCAGGAUCUAUAAGAAAAUUAGACAUUAACGUAGACGAAUUAAGAAAACUCGACUUUGAACGUUACCUUACACCACCGCCAAUAAUAGAACCCAACUGUCACAUUGAAAUACAGACUACUCAACUUGUACCUGGAAAAUGCGUAAAAUUGGGAGGAAGAAUCCCUGCAUGUCAAGGGCAGCACAUCCUGAAAUUAGAUAGUCAAUGCAAUUGAAAGAUUGGAAGAAUAACUCCAAGUUAUCUUAUUACGAUAACUGGUCCUAUGAAAAUUUACCCAAAAAAAUUUAUAAUUAUUAUUCUUUUUUUUUCUUUAUUUAAUGAAACAAAAUAAAAGAAAAAAAUUACUGUCAAAAUACUCUGUUUUUCAAUAUCUUCUCCAAAAUGGGAAAAUUAAUUGGUUUUAUAGCUAUUUUUAACUUAUCUGUCACAUAAAAAAAUAAUAAAUUCUAUUCAAGAAUAAAGUAUUUUAUGGUUUAAUAAAGAUCAAACUAUAAUUUCUCAUUAUUAUUAUUUAGAAAAUUGGAUAAAAUGUUGUUUCUACAACUGCUAAAUUGCUGGCGCCAUUGUAAAAAUAUUGUUACGUUUAUUAGAAAUAAUGGAGGAUUGUGUCUAACAAUCGAACUAAACAUCCACAGUGGAGCGUAAAUUAAUACACUAACAACUCAAUUAUAAUUAAUUAAGAUUAAUUGGAUUAUCGGUAACCGUAAUAGAUCCUUAACACUGCCGCGCUACUACAAUAACAAAAUUUUCUCCUCUUGUUGGCACAGAAAUCACUAAUUAAUCGCUUAGGGGCAUUUUUGGAUUUUUAAUAGCUGCUAUACUAAAAAAAAAAAAAAAAAUUGCUAAGGUUAAACCCUUUGAAGAGAUUAAACUGGAAAGUUUCAGGACGUCCUCCGUUCUGUCAACCUCUUUACCACUAAUCCCAUUUAAGCGCCCAUUUAGUUGAUUCUACUGAUUUAAUCAGAUGCAAAAUUAUUCUUUAAUAAAUUCUAAAAAUAACAAGUAAAAUUCUAGUAAACUCAAUUACGAAUUAAACCUCUUAAAUCCUAGUUUUCUCUUCUUGUUUGUUGGAAUUGAUCACAUGAUAGACGACGUCAUUCGGAGUAUAAAGAAGGGGAAAAAAAAGGUAUGCGUUGUUGAUUGCAAUGGUUCUCAUCAUGCUGAGAAAGUUGUCUUUGUUCUUCUUCUUCUACUCGACAAUGGCCAAGUCUGUAAAUUACGAAAAUUUACUGCUCUUGAGGACGAUUCUAGCGCUCAAUCGCGCCCUGGAAUACAUGGAUCAUCAAAUAGAAAACAUUAAUUUGGAUGGAGUUUUAGGAGUGCGUAUGGCCGACGAUCAACUGCAAGUUCUGUUGAAUCAACCCGUUAAAGACGGAUAUCAAAAUAUAAUUCCAAUCAUUUCUCAAUUGCAACGUAAAGCAGAAUCCAUAGCAAAUCGUGGAAUUCCUUACAUCAAGAAUGCCCAACCUGUAUAUUAUCAAGGCAUUGGAAACAUACUAACGAACGGUCUAUGGUCUCUCGAUUAUCGACGUAGAAAAACCAACGAAAAUCAAGAGAGAAAAGUUUUCAAUGAGACCUACUUUAAUGAAUCUCUAUCAGAUAAAUGCAUAUCAGAAAUCAUUGGAAGAGACGAAACGGAUUUCUGCCAAUGUGCCAUUAAAGACGAUUGCUGGGCCUUAAUGACAUCACCAGAUUACUCUGGUUACUCGUUGACCCACGAAGUCAUUUACCUACAAUUAAGCGAAAUUUGUCAAUGCCAAACUCGUCGAUUUAUUCAAGAUUAUAACCAGAGAAGCUCGAAUUUUCUUUUUAAUUAUUUGUGCUCUAAAAUUCUUAAAGAAGCCGAAACUAUAUUCGAAAAUGUUACCAAACAAGAUCUAUUCAUGGAACAAAGGAAUAACGUUUCAAACAUCCGAUACAAAUUAGAUCAGGUUGUAUGA